AUGUCCACAAUCGAAGACGCAAAGCGGAACGCCGCGAAAGAAGCUGUCGAUAAACACUAUCCACCAAACGCCAAAUUCGUCGGAAUCGGUAGCGGGACCACGAUUGUCUACGUAGUCGAGGCCAUCAAGGCGCUCGGGGUGGAUACGUCUACCACUGGUUUCGUGCCUACAGGGUACCAGUCGAAUCAACUCGUUGUCAAUGCGGGCUUGACCCCUGUCGCAUUUGAUGCGCUUCCCGAUGGCGCCGUGUUAGACGUUGCGUUUGAUGGUGCGGAUGAGGUUGACGACGACCUCAAUUGUAUAAAGGGCGGAGGUGCAUGUCUGUUCCAGGAGAAGCUAGUUGCACUACAGGCGAAGGAGUUUAUUUGCGUAGCUGACUCUCGAAAACUCCAAUCCCGCCUCCUAACAAACUGGCCCUCAAUUCCCAUCGAAGUAGCCCCCAUAGCCGUCCGCCGCGUUAUAGCCGAACUUCAAAAAAUCGGCAGCCCCCUGCCCAAACUCCGCAUUACCGCACCCGAGGUAGGAGAGCAUGCCACUCCUGUGAAAACUGAUCAGGGCUUCUUCCUCAUCGACGCACCAUUUCCUAAGCUCCUCUUGCCGUCGGACGUCGCGCAAGGUCAGGAUGGGUCGGGGAAAAAUGGGGUUUGGGAGGUAACGGCUUUGGCAGAGAGGAUUAAUAUGAUUCCCGGUGUAUUGGAGGUUGGUCUCUUUUGCGGGUUGACGGCCCGGCAGGCUCAAGCUGUUGGUGGGAUUGGUGGGCAGAAGCCUGUUGCUGCGUAUUUUGGUAUGCCGGACGGGUCGGUUUCGGUGCGCACUACGAAGUAA